GUCUUCAGUUUUGCUGGUGAAGCCUGUAAGAAUGUGAUGUUAAAUGUGCCUUCUAAACUAGAGGCAGACAAACUGAUUGGCAGAGUUAAUUGGAAAGAGUGCUUCGGGUCUGCAAACCUCAUCCAGUCACGUGACCCCAACUUCAGAGUGCUGCAGGAUGGGUCAGUGUACACAGCCAGGGCUGUUGUGCUGUCUGAUGAGAAGCGCGCAUUCUCCGUAUGGCUUUGUGAUACGGAGACAGAGACACAGAAGGAGCUAACUGUGGUCCUGGAACAUCAGAAGAAGAUAUUGAAGAAAAGACACACUAAAGAAACUGUCCUCAGGAGAUCCAAGAGGAGAUGGGCACCCAUUCCUUGUUCAAUGCAAGAGAAUUCCUUGGGCCCCUUCCCUUUGUUUCUUCAACAGGUUCAGUCUGAUGCAGCCCAGAACUAUACCGUCUUCUACUCAAUAAGUGGACGUGGUGUUGACCAAGAACCUUUAAAUUUGUUUUUCAUAGAAAGAGACACUGGGAAUCUGUAUUGUACUCGGCCAGUGGAUCGUGAGGAAUAUGAUGUUUUUGAUUUGAUUGCCUAUGCAUCCACUACUGAUGGGUAUUCAGCAGAUUUACCUCUUCCACUGACCAUCAGAGUAGAGGAUGAAAAUGACAACCAUCCUGUUUUCACAGAAGCAAUUUAUAACUUUGAGGUUCCAGAAAGUAGUAGACUUGGAACUACAGUGGGUGUGGUUUGUGCCACAGAUCGAGAUGAACCAGACACGAUGCACACACGCUUGAAGUACAGCAUUUUGGAGCAGACACCGAGAUCCCCUGGUCUCUUUUCCGUGCAUCCCAACACGGGUGUCAUCACCACGGUCUCUCAUUAUCUGGACAGAGAGGUUGUAGAUAGAUAUACAUUGAUAAUGAAAGUUCAAGACAUGGAUGGUCAAUUUUUUGGCUUGAUGGCGACAUCCACUUGUAUUAUAACAGUAAAAGAUUCAAAUGACAAUGCACCCACAUUUAGACAAAAUACUUAUGAAACGUCAGUGGAGGAAAAUACAUAUAAUAUGGAAAUCUUACGAAUUCCUAUAGAUGAUAAGGAUUUAGUGAACACUGCCAACUGGAGGGCCAAUUUUACCAUUUUAAAGGGAAAUGAAAAUGGAUACUUCAAAAUUAGUACAGACCAAGCAACUAACGAAGGUGUUCUGUGUGUUGUGAAGCCACUGAACUUUGAAGAAAACCGUCAGGUGGUCCUAGAAAUUGGAGUAAACAAUGAAGCUCCAUUUACUAGAGAAGUAACCAGAGUGACAUCCAUGAACCGAGCCUUGGUCACAGUUCAUGUGACGGAUCAGGACGAGGGGCCUGAAUGCAACCCUGCAGCUCAGUAUCUGCGGAUUAAGGAAAACUCAGCAGUAGGUUCAAAGAUCAAUGGUUACAAGGCCUAUGACCCUGAAUCUAAAAGCAGCGAUGGUCUCAGGUACAAAAAAUUGCAUGAUCCUAAAGAGUGGAUCAAAAUUGAUGAAACUUCGGGGAUAGUCACAGUUUCCAAAAUUUUGGACAGAGAGGCUGCAGCUCCCCAGAAUAACUUAUACAAUGUCACGGUGCUGGCAAUAGACAAAGAUGGUAGAUCCUGUACUGGAACACUUGCAGUGACCAUUGAAGAUGUGAAUGACAAUGCACCAGAAAUACUUCAAGAUUAUGUCGUCAUUUGCAAACAAAAGAUGGCAUAUACUGACAUUUCAGCUCUUGACCCUGACGAACCGAUCUAUGGAGCUCCAUUUCAUUUCAGCUUGGCAAACCCAUCUUCGGAAGUCAAUAAAAUAUGGACCCUCAGCAAAGUUAACGAUACAGCUGCCCGUCUGUCAUAUCAGAAAAAUGCCCAACUUCGAGAAUAUACAGUUCCUAUUACUGUGAAGGACAGUGGAGGCCAAUCCGCAACCAAAGUGCUGAGAGUCAACCUGUGUGACUGUAGUCACCCGAGUGAGUGCGUCUCCACCGCAAGGAGCUCAAGAGUAGAGCUGGGCAAGUGGGCCAUCCUUGCCAUAUUACUGGGCAUAGCACUGCUGCUUUCUGUACUGCUAACUUUAGUAUGUGGAGUUGUUAGCACCAGAAAAGGAAAACAAUUUCCUGAAGAUUUAGCACAGCAAAACUUAAUUAUAUCCAAUACAGAAGCACCUGGAGAUGAUAGAGUGUGUUCCGCCAAUGGGUUCACAACCCAGACCGCCAACAACUGCAGCCAGCGGUUUUGUGGCACGGUGGGAUCGGGAAUGAGAAAUGGAGGGCAGGAAACCAUAGAGAUGGUGAAAGGAGGACAGCACACCUUGGACUCCUGCCGCAGUUCCGGGCACCACCACACCCUGGACCCCUGCCGGGGAGGGCACGUGGAGACGGAGAACUCUCGGUACACGUACUCUGAGUGGCACAAUUUCACCCAGCCCCGCCUCGGUGAGAAGUUGCACGUAUGUAACCACAAUGAAGAGCAGGUGCCAUCACAAGACUACGUGCUCACGUACAGCUACGAAGGACGGGGAUCCCCAGCCGGCUCUGUAGGUUGCUGCAGUGAAAAACAGGAAGAAGAAGGACUUGACUUUUUAAAUAAUUUGGAACCCAAGUUUCUUACCUUAGCGGAAACAUGCACAAAGAGAUAAUGUCACAGCUGCUAUCAUUAGACGUGUCCUUGCCAGUCAUUCUAGAAGUUUCCAAACAAUGAUAUUGUGAAAUUCAGUUAUAGAUUGCAUACAGAUGGUCCCUCACUUAACCACGGGUUGACUUAGGAUGUUUUGUUUUUACAAAUGGGUGAAGUUGAUACAUAUUCAGGAGAAACUACUUUGAAUUCUGAAUUUGGCACUUUUCUUGGGCUAGUGAUGUGCUGUCUAAUAUUCUCUUGUUAAGCUGCUGCUGGAGCUACAGCUCUCCACCAGCCACAGGAUCAUGAGGGGAAACAGAUUAUGCCCUGAAAUGUGCUGCGGCUGAGCUAUGAUGCUCAGUAGGUUAAUUUUAUUGAAUGCGUUUUCAAUUUACCAACAUUUUACAUUUAUGAUUGCUUUAGUGGGACACAACCACAUAAUAAGUAGAGAAGCAUCUGUAUAUAGAAUAUAUUUUUCUAAAUUUAUAAUUAUGCCACUUAUGAAUUUGUGUUUUAAAAUUUUUUUGCUUAUCUUUUGCAAUAAAUCAAAAUGUUAAAAUAUACAGCUAGCAAAUUGCAUCCCAUAGUAGUGGAAUAAGAGUCCAAAAAGGAUCUGCUGUUCUUUACAGAUAUUUUCCUAAUGUGUUAAGUAAAUACUCGUCCAAAAAUGGCUUAGCUAUGCUGAUAUCUCUUUAUGAUAUACUCACAUCGUGUGCCAGUUAUAAUACAGGUAAGAAAUUAAGUACCACUAUUUGAAGACAGUUUUAUGCAAGAAAAUAUUGAGACAAAAUUAAAUAAAGAUUUUUGCAGCUCUGAAGAAUUGGUGCUAGCCCUACCCACCAACUUCAUUAUCAAAUUCUUCAUUUAAUUUUGAAAGCAAAGUUUGUAUAGGAGCAGUAUUGGAAAUGAAUGUGUAUGUAACCUUAUUGUAUAGUUGUAAAAUUACUCUACGAGUGUAUAAAAUUAGUAAUCAACGCAACCUUUGCAAUGAAACAAAAACAAAGAGGAAAACGUCAGUGAUUUAAAAUAAGCCUGGAUGUGGUUUAUUUUAUAGUAAAAAUCCAGGGUUUAGGAAAGGCAGAGCUUCCUGAGUACUGAGUCAUAACUGAACUUAUCGGAAAGUAGUUGGUGUCCACUUGUGCAAACUGUUUACACUUGGAAACAAAUUACACUCUUUUGUUGUAAGUGGGAAAGAACUAGGGAACCAGCUGAGUGGUUGGAUUUGCUUUGCUAUGUAAAUAUUUCUGUAUCCACAGAUUAGAAACAAACUGGGGAAUAAGAAUCACACUUAAGGCUCUUUGCUUGCUGAGGGCUAAGUUUCAGAGAUGAAGUGUUUUUCUUAGGAGCUAAUACUAAAAACUUAAGAAAAAAACAAACCUUAUGUCUGCUGAAAUUAAAUCCUUGAUUGCCAUUUUCUCUGUCUCUCCUAUCUGUGAACUUUCUUUUUUGUUAGAGCCGAAUAACCGUGUCUUUCCGGGCAGUAUGGAGGCUACCUGGGGCAGGAAGGCAAAUUGUACUGAAGCUGUUGGGUGGGAGGUGACUGCUCCUAGACUAAAGUCCGCAGACCGAGCCUGCUUGCACUGUGCUGUACUCAGGAGCUGGCACCUGCAGAGUGUCCUUCCUCUCUACUCACGCCCUGUUCUAAAGUGGCACUGCGUGAUUCAAGGAAAGCCAGCCUUGUGGGCCUCCUCCCUUCACCUCUCUGUCAACAUUGUCACAAGACCCCCAGCAGUGAUUCACUGGGGAGGAAAAUAUGCCAGAUGUUCACAAACCAUGCAGUAUGAAUGCACUUGUUGUCAAUUUGCCUUGUUAUGAGGAUUUUUAAAGUUAAGGCAAGAAAUAGGAAUUUCAAAUGCAUGAAAGAAAGCGGUCAAGUUGUCAUUUUAGAACACGAGGAGAAGAUGAGCCUAAGAGAUCAAACUGUCAUUUUGGAAGAGGGCUAUUUGGACAGUCAGGGAGCAACACGCAGACCCAGGGGGUUGAAGGGCCAGGAGAGAAGCCAAGAGGGGACGGGAGGAGCGCUGAGGGCAGUGUUGCCACUGCUUCAUACUUUGUAGGUCUGGCCCUGCCUUGGCCUCCCUUUCGUAAGCUAGUGCAGCUGUCCUUGGAUUUGGGUGACGUACCAGCCAACCCCUGCUCACUGCCUUUCCUUAUUUGGAGUGUGGAAUCAAGAAAAGGGCUGGCUGGGCGAUGAGUCUAAGGCAUUCAGGAUGGGUCUGAACUGGUCUUGUAGAAAAACAAGGCAUUCAUGAGGAAAGCGUCACUCCUUCUCUAGCCCUUUGGGCGCUAAGAAAGUCUUCAAUUAAAUGUGUAUGUAAAAUUCGGAUUUGAUCCUACAUUUUCUGGUUUUUCAUUUUUCCUGAAAUCUUAUACUCAUUUUCCUUUUGAAAUUCUUCUAAUUUUAACAUAAUAAUUUUAACAUAUAGUAUUGUUCUUUCCUCAUAUGCAUAAGGUGAAAAUUACAUGAUUUUAGUGUGUAAGAACAGGUCUUUUUAAAGCUUUCAGUUGUUUAUCUGGUGAAUGAUCUUUGGUUUUAUAUCUAAAUGUACAGUUUUUUUUCUUACAUUUAUAAAGAAGUAGGUAAGUGUCUAAAGUUUGGUAGGGUUUGUUUUGCGAUGUUUUAAUUUUGCCAUUAAAAGAAGUUACUUUGCAAGUCAAAAUAAACAAAAACUGUGUGUAAAGUAAUACACAUAUAGGAUAUAAUAAAACAAUUUUAACUUGG